GUAAAACGACAUCGUGCUGAUCAGGAACUCAAAGCUACAAGUGUGUGUCGUUUUAACAUCACCGUCCCAUGUCCGAAACCAAAAUAUGCUCGUCCAUCUCGUCUCUGUAACUGAGCUGGUUGCUACGUAACAAAACGCGCCGAGGUCCUUGCUUGGAGAAAAAGAGGAAACAGAAGCAAUCGGACGGGAAAUGAUAGAGAAGUUCUUGGGAGCUCACAGAUCUCGGAGGAUCCACAGAGCUAUGCGCCACUGCAAGGUGACGGCGAUUUGUCUCGUCCUCACCGUCGUCGUCUUACGUGGUACGAUCGGCGCCGGGAAGUUCGGCACGCCGGAGCAGGACUUUAUCGAGAUUCGCGACCAUUUCUACUCCCGCAAGCGCGCCGAGCCGCAUCGGGUUCUGGAGGAGGUUCAAACGACGUCGUCUUCCUCCGACGAUUCUUCUUCUGUGUCCUCCGGGACGAAUAAUUACGAGACGUUUGAUAUCAACAAGAUAUUUGUCGACGAAGGGUCCGACGAGAAACCCGACCCGAAUAAGCCGUACACUCUCGGACCUAGAAUAUCCGACUGGGACGAGCAGAGAUCCGAAUGGCUGAAGCAAAACCCUCAGUUCCCCAAUUUUAUCGGACCCAAUAAGCCCCGGGUCUUACUGGUUACUGGGUCAGCGCCAAAACCGUGCGAGAACCCCGUUGGUGAUCACUACCUCCUGAAAUCGAUCAAGAACAAGAUUGAUUACUGCAGGCUACAUGGGAUCGAGAUCUUCUACAAUAUGGCGCUUCUUGAUGCGGAGAUGGCUGGAUUCUGGGCGAAGCUGCCGUUGAUUCGCAAGCUGUUGUUGUCUCACCCAGAAGUGGAGUUCCUCUGGUGGAUGGACAGUGACGCUAUGUUCACAGACAUGGCUUUUGAGCUGCCAUGGGAGAGGUACAAGGAUUCAAACCUCGUGCUGCACGGAUGGAACGAGAUGGUUUACGAUCAGAAGAACUGGAUUGGGUUGAACACGGGAAGUUUCCUUUUGAGGAAUGGGCAGUGGGCGUUGGACAUUCUCGACGCCUGGGCACCCAUGGGUCCGAAAGGGAAGAUUAGAGAAGAAGCAGGGAAGAUUCUAACUCGAGAGCUCAAAGACAGGCCGGUUUUCGAAGCUGAUGACCAGUCUGCAAUGGUUUAUUUACUGGCGACACAGAGAGACAAAUGGGGAGACAAAGUAUACUUAGAAAAUGCCUAUUACUUGCACGGCUACUGGGGAAUUUUGGUGGAUAGAUACGAGGAAAUGAUCGAGAAUUAUCAUCCGGGUCUGGGUGAUCACAGGUGGCCAUUGGUGACCCACUUCGUGGGUUGCAAGCCUUGUGGGAAAUUCGGGGAUUACCCAGUUGAGAGAUGCUUGCGGCAAAUGGACAGAGCCUUCAAUUUUGGCGACAACCAGAUUCUUCAGAUUUAUGGGUUCACCCACAAGUCUCUAGCUAGCAGGCGGGUCAAGAGAGUCCGAAAUGAGACUAGCAACCCGCUUGAGGUUAAAGAUGAACUUGGAUUGCUUCAUCCAGCGUUUAAAGCUGUUAAGGUAUCUUCAGCUUGAUUGCGUUUUUUGUUUUUGGUCUUUUUCUUUCGGUGUUACUCAUUAGUAAGAUAUAUAAAAAGUUGGAAGCUUCUUCUUCUUCCUCCUUGUGUAUGCAGUUGUUAUCUGUGUUGGUACUAGUACUUAGGUCUGGAGAUAGUAUUCUUUUGUUCCUUAUCUGCUUUCUUACUUUAUAAAUUUGUAAUGAUUUCCGAAGGAAAAUAGAGGAUUUACUCCUUUUCAAUCUUGUA